GUAGUAUGUCUCAUUUGCUGUGAUAUAGUACAGAGAUUUCGCAUUUAUAUCAUCCCUUUUCGCCCAACUGUAUUGUAGAGUGGGUACCUGCGUGAUACUCAGCGAACCAACAGGCCUCCCGCCAUCAUCUUUCCUGUUCAGACCUAUACAUUGAUACUUCAGACACUUCGACAACAUCAGCGACAACAUCAACAGAGGAACGAAGAUGACGGGCGUCGAUGCAACUCAACACGCCGCCAGUGCAUCGCAGCCGUCCUAUUCCCGCGUCGUAAAUGUAAAUCCCUACACAGAGGCGGCCAAAUGGAAUCGCCAAAUGCUCCGCAAAAUCGGAGACACGUUGAAGGAAGAUCCCGAAGUUGACUUUACCAAACUCUUCACUAAACGGUAUGCAGAGAAAUUGAAGUUUUUGAAAGAAGGUCCAUCGGCCAGGUCAUCAUCCCAGCAGCCGUCUGGUCCAUCGUUCGACCGUCUUGAUCCUCGGUCAGGCCUAGAAGCAACGGACUCUACUACCAUACUGUUCGAACCAACGGCAGAUUUACAGCUCCUUAUCACAACUCAGAAUGAAUUAUCUACCACGCUUAUUGAUCUUCUUGCCGAAGGUAGUGUUCUUGGCAAAGGCCCGUCUAUGAUAGUUCUCCAGAUAAGCGAUACAAUCAUCGUGAAAGUCAAGCUUCAAGAUAGAUUUGCUAUCAAGGAAUAUCAUUCACUGGCGUAUCUGCAAAAGAAUCUUCCAAACUUCCCGGCACCGAAACCCCACGGCUUGAUUCACAUGGGCGUCUUCCAUCUACUCUUCAUGAGCCUGGUCCCUGGACGAACCUUAGAACACAUCUGGCCCGAGCUGAACGAUGCUCAGAAGCAGGACAUCAGCUGCCAGAUUGACGACCUACUUUCGAGUCUCCGGUCGCUCCCGCCCCCCAGCACACCACUUGGGGACGUAGAAGGAGAUGGUUGUAUCGACAGGCGGCGAUACCCUCGAGCCAACUCAGAGCCAAUAUUGAACUCUGAGCAGUUUCGGGAUUUCAUUUUCGCUGGGUCCAGAGGUACAACAGUUUAUAAUUCUCUCCUGCGCGAACUACUAGCAGACCCGGCAGGGUGUGUGUUCACACAUGGAGACAUCCGCCCAGCGAACAUCAUGAUGGAAGCGGAUAGCGGCGGGCGCUGGCGAGUUUCGGGCAUUAUAGACUGGGAGACGAGCGGUUUCUAUCCCGAAUAUUGGGAGAGUGUCAAGAUGACGAAUAACCUGACGCACAUAGAAAAGUGCGACUGGUACAACUACUUGCCCCAGUCUGUGUCUCCCCGCCGAUAUCCGACCGAGUGGCUUGUAGACAGAGUGUUAGAUGCAAGUAUGAAAAAUAGUUUUUGAGAUGAGAAGGAGGCCCAGGGGAAGGAGACUAUCCGGAGAUCUCCUUCUAUAGGUGAGCACCUGCGGUACGAUUCUCUAACAUAAGUCUACACUUAUCAUGAUACCAAGCUCUAUCAAACCACGAAU